AAAAAUGCAAUUUUUAUAUAAAAGUAGCAUAUUAAUUAGGAUUCCGGCCGAUUCCCGCAGUGAUGUUAAUCUCAAAAUGUCCGCCCAAACCUAAGCUUUCCAUGUAUGGUAUUUCUUUUUGCCAUAAUUUGCGACUCUGCAUGUGCAGGCGCUUUUUCCCCCCACGUCCAUCGAUUAUUAUUAGGCAUAAUCGGUACAUUUUUAAUUUGGUACUGUCUACGCACAGCCGAUUCAACGCUCGUCCGCGUAACCAUGGCAACGGUUACGUGAGUGUAGAGCGUGUAGCGUAGUGUAUAUUGCUUUCACACGUUGAUGCAAUUCGCAAUCAUAUAUGAUAUCAUUCUAGGAGAACUUGGAUUGAAAUAAACGAUGGCGGUAUUAAGAAGACAGCUUUUUCAUGCUGUGCAUUCAGCUGGCUUUAUUUCAGACAUCAAACUGGCAUCCAAAACAUCCAUUGAUGCAUUAUGUGCAUAUCAUAAUGUGGGUAACAGGUCAAACAUCCCACAAAAACUUCUCAAGAGUUUGUCAAAGACUAUUGGACGCUUUCUGUAUCGUGUGCGAGAGAAAUGGAACAAGUGUGGUCGUCGCCAGGAAUAUUUCAUGAAAGGAAACGAGGACUGGCUUAAUCAGACAUUGACAUUCAAUACUGAAGUAGAAACAUUUCUUGCACAGCAAAACAGCACAGAUACCGGGACAGAAACAGAGCCAACUUCAGACUUGCCAGGCACGUCACAGGGCGCAUCCAAUGUGGGACGUCCAGCUAAGAAUUGGGACACUCUCUCAGAUCGUUCUAAAAAAAGAAAAGCACACCACCUUCUAGAAGACAGGGAACCAGAGGAACUUCUAUAUGCGGCAUCUCAAGGCGUGUAUAAGAAAAAUUCAAGUUUGAAAUAUGUGUUGAAAUUCGCAAUGUUAACACCAUCAAGACCAGCUAAAAUAAGAAAACUGAUAUCAGAAAAAAAGAAAGAACCAUUAAAAUUCUCAAGUGAAGAAGCUUUGUCACUUUUAGUUGAAACAGGAAUGACAAAACAGGCAUACCAAACAACCAGACUUGCUGCAAAAGGUAAAAAUGCUGAUAUUUAUCCACCGUAUAACGAGAUUAGGGAAGCUAAGGAAAAAUGUUAUCCCAAUGACAUCUCAGUCACGGAAGACUCUGGGAAAGUACCCAUACAAAGCCUCUUAGACCACACUGCACUUCGGAUAAUUCAGGAGCAGAAGGACACUAUCACGCAAGUCAUUGAAAAUUUAGAAGAAGAAGAACAGUUCAAUUGUGAAUUGGUGUGCAAAUGGGGCUUUGACGGCUCAUCAGGCCACAGUGAAUACAAACAGAAGUCUACUGCAGGUACUUUGGAUGACAGCAGCAUAUUCUGCACUACUCUAGUUCCGCUGCAAUUGAAGGUAAAAGACAGUAUUUUGUGGCAAAAUCCGGUUCCUUCUUCGUCAAGAUUUUGCCGACCCAUUCAUCUUCAAUUCAAGAAAGAAACAACUGAACUCUCUCAGGAAGAGUAUAGAUCUGUUCAAGAUGAAAUCAAGAAAUUGCAACCUAUGAAUGUAUCUUUGGACAUUAUGAGCUGGCAGCAGAUCUAAAUAGGAACGACAAUA